UCGCGCAGAAUAAAUGUACGAAAUAACGUUCACAUCUUAAUAUUUCAAAUUUUGUUGUAGUAAGGGCAGGUACAAACAUGCGAGCAGUCUUUCGAGCAUACCUACUUAGGCGCCAUUACGCUAGACAACCUGAGCGACAGUUCGCCGAAAUGGACGUGACCUGCCAUGGAGGAGAUAUCCGUCGAGUAGCCAGAAGACCGCGCACGGUACCGUACAGUGGUGACCGUGGUGACCGACCAGGAAGCCGCCUCGGUUACAGCGCAUCUCUGACCUACUCAAGUCCAUCAAGCAGUAACUGCGUUCGAAGAGCAGAGUUAGUAUUCAGCGAGAGAGCAGAAGAGUUCUCACCCGGCAAGAGAGCAGAGCACACUUCAGCGAGACAGCGGUGCGAGAGUUCUCACCCGACCAGAGCAGAAUACACUUUAGCGAGACAGCGGUGCGAGAGUUCUCACCCGACAAGAGCAGAAGACACUUCAUCAGAUAGCCCUGCAGCUAGAGUUUCUCUCUCAGUUGAACGCUCCGUGUCUCAAAUGUCAACUGGGGACCUGCAUUGA